GUCCAAGCUAUUCUAAGCCGACGUGACACAAUCUACGCGUUGGUACAACAACACGUUGUGACUCACUCUCGCUACUGCUCCCACGCUAUCAUGAGACUUCCUAUUGCUUCGAGAUGUAAAGCAUUCGGAGGAAGAUCUUUUCUCCCUUGCUACCAACUCGAGGAGAGAUCAUUGCGCAACGCAAGCAGGUCCCACUUCAUGGCGAAAAUGGCGUCCGACGCAUACAAUUCGGGCCCGGUUGGUCCUGCAGUCCCUUCACACUCAGCACCUCGGCCACAGAGAGUCACGCUAGCAGGGCGGUUUGUUAGUCUACUCCCAUUACAGCCCGAGCACGCCGAGCAGCUUUUUAAGCAUGUCGGGGAAGAGGCCAACGCUAAACUCUGGACCUACAUGGGGGAUGGACCAUACUUGACCCGAGAAGCAUUCAGCGAGGCAAUUCUGUCAAAGAGCAAAAGCGAGGACCCGCUCUUCUUUACUGUCCUGUCCCGGCCGACAAACGAGCCCGUGGGAUAUGCCACGCUUAUGCGCAUUGACACUACUCAUCGCGUUGUCGAGGUAGGAAAUGUGAUGUUCUCUCCAGCUAUGGCAGGCACGCCCAUGUCUACCGAGACCCACUACCUCCUCAUGAGAUACGCGUUCUCCCUUGGUUAUCGCAGGUACGAGUGGAAAUGUGAUGCGCUUAAUGCUCCUAGCGUUCGCGCUGCGACUAGACUGGGGUUCAGCUAUGAAGGAACCUUUAGACAGCAUAUGAUCUACAAAGGUAGAAGCCGUGACACGGCUUGGUUCAGUAUCGUAGACAGUGAAUGGGAAAAGGUAAAGGAGGCUUUUGAAGCAUGGCUCGAUGAGAAGAACUUUGACGCACAGGGGAAGCAGAUUAAAAAGUUGGAGGAUUUUCGCUUGUAGAUAGACCUUAAUGGCACAUAUACACUCAGAUAUGCCUCAGGAAUAGAAAUAGAACCUGGCAAAUUUUUCGUUUGCUUAGUUGUGAGAGAAUCUGGCAGAAAUAGGUAAUAGACGAUUCUGAGUCGUGUUUCCGCUUCAUACGGCGACGGCUGCUCCUUAG